AUGCCGUCCAAUGAAGGUCUAGGUCUUGCUGGCCGGGCGAAUCCCUUCAAAGUGUUGAUUCUAGGAGGCUCCUACGGAGGUCUCGCGGCGGCUCUAAACCUGCUCGAUUUGUGCAAUGGGAGACCUGCUAGAUUCACAGCCGCAACUGCUGAGCCCGUUACUCAUGGAAAGAUCCCAGUGGACAUCACCAUUGUAGACGAGCGAGACGGUUACUAUCAUCUAAUCUCAUCACCCCUCGCAUUGGCUUCCACCGAAUAUGCGCGGACCGCAUGGACCAAGUUCGACCAAAUCCCUGCCCUGAAGAACAUACGCUUCAUUCAUGGGAGUGUGAGAAAUGUCGACCCCAAGAGUCGGCUGGCAACGGUGGCCGAGACCGGCACGCAGUCGCAGAGAGACUUGAGUUACGACUUCCUGGUGGCUGCCACCGGGCUUCGGCGCGUAUGGCCUGUUGUGCCGCAAGCAACAACCCGGGAAUCCUACCUGGCAGAAGCUGAUGCGCACAUCACCGAGUUGCGAAAUGCUCGGGAGGGAGUCGUGAUCAUUGGCGGAGGUGCGGUUGGGAUAGAAAUGGCGGCAGAGCUCAAAAUGGUUAUGCCCGACUUGAAGGUCACACUUGUCCAUUCCAGAGAUAAGCUCUGCUCCGCUGAGCCUCUGCCGGAUGACUUCAAAGACCGGUGCUUGACCACGCUGCAGGAGGCUGGUGUUGAGACGAUAAUGGGUGACCGUGUGGUGGAGACAGAGAACGUGGCUGAAGAUGGGUCUACGGUCACAUCAAUCAAACUCGGCAGUGGGAGGACUAUUCGUGCCAGCAAAGUCAUCUACGCAAUUUCCAGAAGCUACCCGACCAGCCAAUAUCUCCCAGCUACUGCAUUGGAUGAACAAGGCUAUGUCAAGAUUACGCCUGCCUUGAAUUUUCCGGAGGCCGUGCCGAACUCCCAGUAUCACUUUGCCGUGGGUGAUGUAGCUAGAUGGCCUGGCAUCAAACGCUGCGGUGCUGCCAUGCACCAUGGGCAAUACGCUGCUCAGAACAUCCAUCAACUGAUGUUACAGGAAACACAAGGCACAAAACCCAAGUUGACUGAGUUGGUUGAGGCUCCACCUGGAAUCGGCAUCGCGGUAGGCAAACAAGGAGUUGCCUAUUAUCCAAGUGAGGGAACGAAGUAUGGAGAGGACAUCUUACGCCUCUUCUUUGAAGACGACUUAGCCAACAGAAUAUGCUGGGAUUAUUUGCAACUCGGCAAAGAGUUUCCAAAAGCGGCCAAGGUAUAG